UUAACAAUUUGACAUCACUACUUAUAUCAUUCCUUGAAAUAAAAAAUAUACAUAAUUACUCUUACUAAAAAAACUAGAAAACCAUGGAGGACUUUUUAGAAGAGGAAGAGGAGGCGAUUCCGCGAAAUAGGGGAAUCACCCAAAUGAAACGUGCUGAUUUGAUCGCUGAACUUCGCCACGAGCGAAUAAGAAUCCAGGCGAUGGUCAAGCGGCGGGACGAGAUUAAAGCUGCCCUGCGGCAGUGCAACAUGCAGCUGACGGACACCAGGCGCAUUUCGGAGGAGAGGGAGCGGGAGAUCCAGGAACUGGCCAACGAGAGAAAUGCCCUGCUGCAGACGCUGCAACAGGAAAUGUCCAAAAACGAAAUGCUGAGUCAACAAAUCCUGGAGCAGGAUCAAUCCAAGAGUGCCAUUGUGCAGACCAUCCUGCAAGAUAACGAAGCCAAGGAAACGCACCUCAACUUGGAGAUCGGUGUGAUUGCCAAUCAGCGGGAUGACUUGCACCAGGAAAUGCAAGGGGUGAAAGAAGAGCUAAGCAGGAUCCACGAGGAGAACAGCUGUUCGAUUUGCCUCCUGCCCUGGGAGGCCGAAGGCCACCAUCGCAUUGUGUCUUUGAAGUGCGGCCAUCUUUUCGGGGACUGCUGCAUCCGCCAGCACCUGGCUCAGAGGGCAGACUGCGGCAUCUGCAAGCAGCCAGUGAGUCAUGAGGAUCUCCGCUAUCUCUUCGGCUUCCCUGUCCUGGUGGCUGCCCAGCCUGCUCCGUUGGGACAAGCUGCUCCUUGACCAACAUCGGUCUCCCCAAGAACAGGAUGAAGCGCUCAUCUAGCUCUUCUAGCCGCUUUAAUACCAAAAUAGUUACAUUACAGUUAAUUGUUUAUGGUCGAUUAAAAUUA